AUGGCCGAACCCCAAAACAAAGAGCUGCAAGCUGUGAUCAAGCGCACUAAUGAGGAGAUGCGGUUGUUUCAGACUGAAGUCCUUGAGCGUAUGGAACGAUUAGAAGCUAGUAACACAUCAAAGUUUGAUGAUAUCCACGCAGCGCUUGACAUCCUCAUUCAGCAGACACCGUCGAAGCAUCGCCAUGGUGCAGAACUCAACAACAGGCCUCCGUUUCAGGUGAGAAAUGUCAAACUCGAAUUUCCUCGUUUCGAUGGCACUAACGUGCAUGAGUGGAUCUUUCGUGCUGAGCAAUUUUUUGGUUAUUAUGAUACCCCUGAUCCUGAUAGAUUAACUAUUGCAUCUGUGCAUCUGGAUAAGGAUGUGGUUCCUUGGUUUCAAAUGUUACAACGUUCUAAUCCGUUCCAUUCUUGGUUAGAUUUUACUCGUGCUUUAGAACUGGAUUUUGGUCCAUCCAUCUAUGAAUGUCCCCGUGCUACCCUGUUUAAAUUGACUCAAACUGGAACUGUUUCUGAGUAUUAUCUACAAUUUACAUCAUUAGCUAAUAGAGUUUACGGCCUAAGUAAUGAUGCCUUAAUUGAUUGUUUCAUAAGUGGUCUCAAUUCUGAGAUCCGUCGUGACGUGUUAAUUCACACACCCACCUCCAUUGUGAAAGCGGUAUCUCUAGCCAAAGUCUAUGAGGAAAAAUACACUCAAACACACAAACCACAAAGAGCCAACCCAUCCACAUAUAUCAAACCACCCUUCAAUUCAUCCAAACUAGAAAUUAACCAGAGAAACACGGCCCCCAUCCUCAACACACCCCCCACCAGACCUAUGAGUCAGUUCCAAAAGAAUCCCAAUAUCAAACGCAUUUCCCCUGCAGAGAUGCAACUCAGACGGGACAAAGGACUUUUUUAUUGGUGUGAUGACAAAUUUUCAUUUACUCAUAAAUGCCCUAACAGACAACUAAUGCUAUUACAUUAUGAUGAUACUGAGGAUGAUCAACUCAGUGGGGAUAUCCUGAAACCAUCUGAUUUCAGCAUAGACAGCAUUCCCACCGUCGAGUCGGAGCAUCAUUUGUCAUUAAAUGCAAUGAAAGGAGAUUCUCAUAUGGGUGUGCUAAGAUUUUCUGGGUUAAUUGAGAACAUUAAAGUGCAAGUGUUGAUUGAUGGUGGUAGUUCAGACAAUUUUUUGCAGCCUAGAAUCGCUAAGUUUCUGAAACUGCCCAUAGAAACCGGUCCGGCGUUCAGAGUUCUGGUUGGCAAUGGGGAAAUUAUGAAUGCAAAAGGGGUCAUUUCAGACUUGUCAGUUAAGAUACAGGGUCAUGAACUGAAGGUUCCUGUGUUUUUGUUACUGGUGGCUGGGGCAGAUAUGAUUUUGGGUGCAUCGUGGCUAGCAACUCUAGGACCGCAUGUGGCUGAUUAUGCUUCGCUCACACUGAAAUUCUUUCUAAAUGGAAAGUUUGUCAUGCUAGAAGGAGAGAAAGUUCCCAGACCUUCAGUUGCUCAACUCAACCAUUUGAAGAGGCUGCAGAACACUGAUGCUAUAGCAGAAUGUUUCACCAUUCAAUGGCUCAAAUCAAAUGUUGUUAAGGACAUGUUCAAGGAGCUACCUACUGAUACCAAACCAGAGAUUUCUAGGUUAUUGCAUACAUACAAAGAGGUGUUUAACACACCAGUUGCGUUGCCACCAGAUAGGUCACAUAACCAUCAUAUUCCAUUAAUGGAGGGCUCUAAUCCUGUCAAAGUUAAACCAUAUCGAUACCCUCAUAGCCAAAAGACACAAAUUGAACAAAUGAUCCAUGAAAUGCUGCAUCAAGGUAUCAUACAACCAAGUACGAGCCCAUUUUCUUCACCAAUCAUAUUGGUGAAAAAGAAAGAUGGUACAUGGAGGUUUUGCACGGAUUACAUGUACCAUCUUUCUUUUUCACCAAUAUGA